AUGUUCGUUUCUCGCCGCCUGCUGCAAGCCUGCAGAAUCACCCUUUUCACACGCGAUAACUGCGGUCUAUGCGCGCAAGCCAAGAGCGUCCUCUCCAAGGUCUGGGAUAGGCGACCGUUUGCUUACAAAGAGGUGAACCUAGCUCUACCGGAAUCAAGGCCGUGGAGAGAACUUUACGAUUUCGAUAUUCCUGUGAUACACGUUAACAAAUCCGAAGAUGCUGAAGAAGCAGUCAAAUCCGCCGCCAAAACCGUCAAGCUUAUGCAUAGCUUCACAGUUGAGCAAGUAGAAGCCAAAAUGGACCAAGUGGAAAGACGUGGUUAG